CCCCGCCCCCCCCCCGGCCGUCACGCAGCCGCCUUGCCUCGUAGGAGGCUCAGCGCUAAGGCCGGAGACUUCGGUUCGGGACCAGCCCCCCGGGAUGCGGUAGCGGCCACUGUGCGCAGGCCGCGAAGCAGCUGCAGCCGCCGCCUCGCAGAUCCACGCUGGCUCCGUGCGCCAUGGUCACCCACAGCAAGUUUCCCGCCGCCGGGAUGAGCCGCCCCCUGGACACCAGCCUGCGCCUCAAGACCUUCAGCUCCAAGAGCGAGUACCAGCUGGUGGUGAACGCAGUACGCAAGCUGCAGGAGAGCGGCUUCUACUGGAGCGCUGUGACUGGCGGUGAGGCGAACCUGCUGCUCAGCGCCGAGCCCGCGGGCACCUUCCUCAUCCGUGACAGCUCGGACCAGCGCCACUUCUUCACGCUCAGCGUCAAGACUCAGUCCGGGACCAAGAACCUGCGCAUCCAGUGCGAGGGGGGCAGCUUCUCGCUGCAGAGCGACCCCCGCAGCACGCAGCCGGUGCCCCGUUUCGACUGCGUGCUCAAGCUGGUGCAUCAUUACAUGCCACGGCAGGGCUCUUCCUUCCCCUCGCCGCCCACCGAGCCCUCCUCCCAGCCGGCCUCGGAGCCGGAGCCCGCCCAGCCUCUCCCAGGAACCGCCCCCAGGAGAGCCUACUACAUCUACUCUGGGGGCGAGAAGAUCCCCCUGGUGUUGAGCCGGCCCCUCUCCUCCAAUGUGGCCACCCUUCAGCAUCUCUGUCGGAAGACUGUCAACGGCCACCUGGGUUCCUAUGAGAAGGUCACCCAGUUGCCUGGGCCCAUCCGGGAGUUCCUGGACCAGUAUGAUGCCCCGCUUUAAAGAGCAGAGGCAGGAGUCUAGGGGGCCUGGUCCCCUCUCCGUGGCACAGGGCACAAGCACAAGAAUCCAGCCCCAGAGUCCUGCAGCUCAGGGUGAGCCAGGGGGCGGACAGGCCCCUCCCUUCGGCCCUCCCCCCUGCAGACCCGGCAGGUGGACCUGGAAUGCCUUGGAGGGCCGGGGGUGAGUGCCACCUGAGUCCUGGCCCCCCACUCCAGCCUUGGAGGAACCAGCUGGCCAGUGGGACAAUAGCCAAGUCAAGCGGAUUCUCCUGUCCGCUCCCCUUCCUCGACUCCCCCUCUGCUUCCAAAUGGAAGUGUUGAACUAGUGGAACUGCUGGGGAGCCUCCCAAGGGGACUGGUUUGCACUGAUUUGGUUUAAACCCGAACAGGCCACAAGGUCUGGGAAAGGAGGGAAGAGGGGGUGCCCCAAGGCUGCAGGCUGGCCAAGGAAGUGGCCUUUCCCGAAGCCCAGUGCAGGAGUGGCGAGGGGCUGUAUGCUCCUGUCCCUCCCUGGCUCUGGGGAAACCUCAUGUCCCUUGCACUUAGGGACAGCCACCAGAAACACAGGUCCCAAAGUCUACCUGGUGCCUGGGAGUCCAGGGCCCUUCCCCUGUUGUAAGGGGGAAGUGGUAUUCAAAGGGGGCGCGGAUGGGCCUGGCAGUGGGUCUCCUUUCCCCACUCAUGAUGUGCCUUCCAGCACCUGGGGGAAAGGGCAGCAGAGGAGAGGAGUCAUCUUUGAUCCCAGACCCCCAGCAGAGGAGAUGGGGGGGUUCUGCUUUGUGCCUCCUGACUCCCUCUGGCUAGGAGAUUCGCCUUAAAUGCUCCCUGUCCUGUGGACAGGGACUGGCACACCAAAGCCUCUCGCUGGGCCAUCUAGACAGGGAGGCAAGGGAUUCGCCUUGAGGGGACACCCAGCCAGCCACCGGCCAGGGGCAGGGGACGGGGGCGGGACCCAUGUGUCCAGCUGAGCACCAGGAGAAUGUGAGCCUGGCUGGUACUGGGUGCCUCGUGGUCAGCAGGGCCACCAGGUCCCAUGGCCCCCCCAGGCCCUGCACAGCCGGUCCUCCUUGCCUGGGCGGGGAGGAGGCGGGGAGUCCCCUGCCCGGCUCUGCCCGUGCACUGCUCCCUGAGAAGAGCGGGGAUGCAGCAGCAGAGGAAUUACCUGGAACUGUCCUGGGGGCGCUGAACACCCCGUGUUCUGUGUCAGGUGUUGGUCGGGGUGGAGCAGCUGUGUGCUGGGGUGGUGUUUUUUUCUUUUUGUUUGUUUGU